ACUUAUCAUUGAAUUUGAAAACACGAAUGUUGUGAUCUUACCAUCCCAGUUUCAGAAUUGUUGAAGUUGUUGGACUGUGCUGUUGGAGUAUCUUAAAGGCUCAAAUUCUGACUUUUAUCCGAAAUCAUUCAACAGAUUUCAGCCAUAAUAAGUAGAUAAAGUAAUAGUUUGAGAUACAUCAGUAUGAAGACAUUAGUAGGUAAAAUCUGUAUUGUAACUGGAGCUACAAGAGGUAUAGGUAAAGGUAUAGCUCUACAGCUAGGAGAAGCUGGAGCAACCGUCUACAUAACAGGUCGAACUUUAAAUCCUCCGGAUGAUCAAGUUGGAGGAAGUCUAAGAGAAACAGCCAAAGAGGUUGAAAACAGGGGAGGUAAAUGUAUACCAGUACAAUGUGAUCACAGUAAAGAUGAUGAUGUUGUUAAACUAUUUGAUAAAGUUAAAACUGAACAGGAUGGAAGACUGGAUAUCUUGGUCAAUAACGCCUACUCUGCUGUAAAUGCAAUAAUGGAUAAUCUUGGACAGAGAUUUUGGGAAAAUGAACCAAACAUGUGGGAUGAUGUUAACAAUGUUGGUUUGAGGAACCAUUAUAUCUGUUCAGUUUAUGCUGCUAGAAUGAUGGUGGAAAGACAAUCUGGAUUAAUUGUCAACAUUUCAUCGGUUGGUGGACUAAUAUAUUUUUUUAAUGUUGCCUAUGGUGUUGGUAAAGCUGCCUGUGAUCGUAUGGCUGUAGAUUGUGGAUCAGAAUUAAAGAAACAUAACGUAACAUUUGUCAGUUUAUGGCCAGGUCCUGUGAAUACCGAAACUAUUUCUAAACACAUUGAUAAUCCUGAACUGAGGAAGUUUAAAAAAGAUAUAGAAAAUGGUGAGACAGUAGAAUAUGCUGGCAAAUGUAUUGUUCAUCUUGCAAAUGAUCCAAAUAUCAUUAAGAAAACUGCUCGUAUUUUGUUAACAGCUGAGUUGGGGGAUGAAUAUGGUUUUGAUGAUGUCAAUGGGAGACAUCUGCAAUCUUUCAGACAAGUAAAAUAUCUGUUGCAGCAAGGUGGAGCUGGUUGGAUAGCUCCGUUUAUUCCUGGAUUUAUUAAAAUACCAUACUGGAUGUUAACUUUGGCUUCUAGUAAAUUCUAAAUAUGCGGGUCAAGAUGAAAACUUCUGCGAGAUAAGAAAGAGAUAAUUUAAUGGCAACAAACGUGUUUUCUUCUGUUCCAGUCUAUGAAUUCAGCAACUUCAAAGUGGUCUAAUAUUGCCUAAUUUAGGUGACUGACUCCAAUUCCAACCAACCAAUUAAUCGUUUACAGUCCACAGGCAUGGGACUGUCGAGAGAAAAUUUAACUCCCACAAACACGUAUUCCAGCCAUUCAAGCCUGUGAAUACUUCAUCUUCAAUUUGGUCCAAUAUAGCCUAUCUUAGGUGGCUAACCUGAAUCCCAAACAACCAAUCAAUCGUUGCAGGGUAUGAGGGUCUCCUAGAGAAAAUUUUGAAAAUUUAACCCUUGCAAAUGCAUUUUUCUGCUAAUAUAGCCUGUGAGUUAAGCAACUUCAAACUUGUCCUAUUGUUUUGUAACGUGAUAUUCCACUCUAUGCCAACCUGAAUUCCAACCAUCCAAUCAGACUGUUGCAGCUGCAUUCACAAAUAAUAAUCGAUGCUCGAAAAAUAUCACACAAAGUAAAGUGGCUCCAGACAAAAUGUUUCAUUCCAUAGUCAAUGCUGUACAAAUUCGUGGUAUUUAAAUAUACAUUAUGCAAGAGCAAAAUCGGCCUAUUGUAGGUCUUUCUUUAGGCCUGAAAUGUUAUAAAAACUAUUAAUUAGACAUUAAUUAACUUAUCCAGACCAUAAUCAGCUCUCGAUGUCAAGGCUUGCCUGCGAUAUUUGUUGGAUUACAGUCCGAUUUGCUGCAAAACUUUCCUUCGUGAUUAACGAUUAAAUGGAUAAUCAAGACUAUUAGUUUUGUCUUAUCGACUUCAGUAAUGAUGAUCGAGACUAAGCGGAACUUUCAUCCGCUUAGUUCUCGGUUCAUAGUGGAUCAAUUUGACUGAAAUUUUCAGCAAGUUGCCUUUACAUUAUGUAGUUUUUAACUAUUAUAGUGAUAACUGCCAACUCGUUAUCUAAUCUCCCAUAAUGUAUCUUUAAUAAAAAGAAAAGUAAAAUUAGUAUUUUAUUAAAUUUUGAGCACUUUAUUUUGCCAACUAGAUCAAAUAA